CUAAGGUGGGUAAAGGCGGCCUUAUCGUGGGGUAUAUAAACUUAUAAUUAAACACAUUAAGCCAAAACACAUUACAGAAACGACAUGUAACCAGGAGGUCUUAAGUGCAACCAGUUAAAUUAUUACUUUGCAAGAAACUGAUUGGACUUUUCGUACUUCUGCUCUAUUUUUAAUUGUCCUUUCCCGGGUCAGGGCCUUCAGCGCUCCCCAUUCGUCCGACCAAGUAGUUAAUGCCAUCUGCGGCAAAUCUACAAUAAGUCACGUCAAAAAAAGGAAUUGUGUUGUGUUUAUGUGCAAUAUAGUGUUUUGAAUUGAAUUGAAGGAAAUCACAUCACGUAAGGCGCUUUAAGGCGGCGAACGAUUUACUGUGUUAAAGUUGUGAAAAUGUGGGUGCUUAUCAUAGCGAUAGUAUUUGUAUCAGUUUUUUAUACAAUAAUAUCUAAAGUAAAAAAUUACGAUCUUGAACAACUGAAGAAACAUUACAGCCAUGAUUUACCGACUAUACCUUUUCUUGGAUUAUCCUACUUAGCUGUUGGCGACAAUGAGGUACGUAUGCGUUCUCUCCAAACCAUUGGACUCGCAGCCAUCAGGCGAGGUGGGGUCAUUGCUGAGUGGUUCGGGCCUUCCUUGUAUUUAAUUGUGGCGGACCCGGAAAUUGCGACGUUUAUUUUGAAAUCAUGUUCGGACAAAGAUGACGUACUUCCAAAAAUAUUAGGGUCCCUAUUGGGCAAUGGGAUUCUUGUUGCGCAGGUUCCUAUAUGGCGAACCCGCCGCAAGAACUUGGUUCCUACAUUCAACAUGAAGAAUUUGAACAAGUUCGUGUACAUUUUUACUAAGCACAGUGAGAUAAUGUCGGAGAAGCUAAUGAGUAUGGUGGGAACAGGACCCUUCUCGAUCUUCAACCACUUCGCUGCUUACAAUAUGGAUUCUGUCAGUGAAUCCGUGCUCGGUAUCACACUGAAUGCCCAAGAGAAGUCAGGGCAUCCAUUUGUUGAGGCUUUCACGGAGGGGUUUAAUCUCACUUCCGCGCGCAUGUCACAGUACUGGCUUUACAACGAUUACGUGUAUAGAUGCGUCCCGUCUUAUAAAAAACUAAUGAGAGCCAAAAAAGUUAUGGUUGAUUUUGUUAAAGAUAUUAUCGUUUCCAAAAGAAAAUCAAUUAAAGAGGAUCGAAAUCAAAACUCUACUGAUGCAGAAUCAAUAACGAAAUCAUUCCUGGACAUGCUGAUCGAGUCAUCAGGCGGCGAGGAAGGGUAUUCUGAUGAAGAGCUGAGAGACGAACUGAUGGUGUUGUUGGUGGCUAGUAUUGGGACCUCUGCAGCUGGCGUCGGGUUUACCUUAAUCAUGCUAGCCAGACACCCUGAAGUCCAGGACAAAUUGUACGCAGAGUUAAAUGAAGUGUUUGAAGGUACAUGCAGAUCGGUUACUCCAGAAGAUUUGUCUCGGAUGAAGUAUUUGGAAAUUGUGAUCAAAGAGUCGCUGCGGCUGUAUCCUCCAGCGCCUGCAGUACUGAGGAAAGUUGUGAAAAGUUUGACGUUGCCGACAGGAGUGACUGUUCCGGCUGGAUGUAACGUCCUGAUCAACAUUUGGGGCAUACACCACAACUACGAGUACUGGGGCGCUGAUGCGGAGCAGUACCGACCAGAGAGGUUCCUCGAAGGAUCCUUCAAACACCCUUCACAGUACAUGCCCUUCAGCUACGGACCCAGGAACUGUCCAGGUUACCAGUACGCGCUCAUGUCAAUAAAGACGACGCUGGCGACCCUGCUGCGACGGUACCGCGUGCUGCCGCCGACUGACGGAGACCAGUUCCCACCACUGAGGACCUCACUCGAAAUUACCCUCGCUGACGCGGAGAACUUCCUGAUCAGACUCGAACCUCGACAGAACAUUGAAUAAAGCUAAAAAAAUAUAAGUAGGACAAUUACAACAGAAUCAUGUAAAGUUGCCUUAAAGGAAAAAUCCAGUGAACGCCUUUUUGAAAAAUCACAUCCUGAUCUGAUUUGAAACCUGCAGUUUCUUCAAUUAAUUCCAUUCCGGGUUAAAAUUGAGACCACAAACUUUGGCCUAAGUUAAAAUUCACUUGUCUAUCUGUCCCGUCUGACAGAUGGCUGCAGUAACUGUCAGUACUAUUCAGAGGCGGAGGACAGGAGUCCUAGUACGGCUUUGAAAUAAACCACUCUGGGCGCCACCAGGCACUUGCGUCAGACAUAGUGCAGCGGGGCGGAAGGCAAGAGCGAAAUUACUGCCCUUUUUUGUCCCUAAAAACGUAGCAUGGAGAAUGCUACACCGACAAGAGCGUUGCUCUUACAUUAGUACCUUUUUAGAGUGUGAUUACUCCGUAGUCGGGUUUUAGUUUUGAAAUUUAUAUUUUUCCCUGCAAUAUCAAAAGAAAUUCAAAAAUCUGAAUUCCUGGCAGGGUUUAGUUGAUACCUAAUAAUUAAGUAAGUAAUAUUAUAUUUAAGUCAGAGCAGCAGUAAUAUACUAAUACACACGUACUAA